AUGAUGAAGUGUUUAUUUUUCUUAUGUUUUUGUUUGUUUCCCAUUUUGGUGUUUUCAUCAACUUUCACUUCCCAAAAUCCCAUCAACCUACCCAGUGAAUCUCCUGUACCUAAGCCGGUAUUUGACACAAAUGGUAAAGAACUCAAUCCUAAUUCGAGUUAUCUCAUUACUUCCCCUUUUUCGGGUGCGUUAGGUGGUGAUGUGUACCGAGGAAAGUCCCCAAAUUCAGAUGGCCCUUGUCCAUAUGGCGUAUUCCGUUACAAUUCCGAUGUUGGACCUAGCGGUACACCCGUUAGAUUCAUUCCUUUAUCUACAAAUAUCUUUGAAGAUCAACUACUCAGCAUACAAUUCAGAAUUGUAACAUUGAGACGGUGUGAUGGAUAUACAAUUUGGAAAGUCGGUAAUAUAAAUGCAUAUCUAACCACAGUGCAAGCAGAUGGCAGCUAUUUCAAGAUUGUUAAAUCAUCAAAAUUUGGUUACAACUUAUUGUAUUGCCCAUUUACUCCUAUUAUUUGUCUACGUUGCCCUGAGGAUCAGUUCUGUGCAAAAGUGGGUGUAGUUCCCCAAAAUGGAAAAUGGCGUUUGGCUCUUGUCAACGAAAAUCCUCUUGAUGUCUACUUCAAGGAAGUCUAGUAACAAAUAUUAAUGCCUGCAGCAGCUAGACUAUACUAUGUUUUAGCCUGCUGGCUAGCUACUAUAUAUGUUAUGUUAUAAAAUAAAUAAACACCUGCUAAGGUAUAUAUAUCUAUAUUUUGGCAUGGCUUUCUUAAUAAAUUGUCUUUCCUUA